AUGCUCGGUGUGCUUCUGACGGCGCUGCUUUUCGAGUUCGUUCGCUCUCAAGCGCACAAUCCAGCAUGCGAAGACUGGACUCCAUAUGAAUUCCGCACGCCUUGCUGCUCUCAACUUGAGGAUCUCCUCCCAGGACGUAUAUUCUACUCGGAAAGCAGCACGUUCAACCAAUCUUUGAGUAGCUACUACAGCAAUACGGCUGGAGAACUCAGACCGAGCUGUAUCCUUCGUCCACAAAGCACGGAUGACGUCGCCACAGCUGUGCGACUGCUCAGCUCGCAACUCUCUGCAUCGGAACAAGAUGUCGGAGACUGUCGUUUCGCAGUCCGCGGUGGAGGCCACACGGCAUGGAGAGGAUCCAACAACAUCGAAGGCGGCGUGACAAUCGACCUGGGAUCGCUCAACGAUAUCAGCCUGUCACCAGACCACAGCGUCGUGACAUUCGGAGGUGGAAACACAUGGGAUAAAGUCUACAAGUACAUCGAGCCAUACGGACUUGCAACUCAUGGCGGACGAGUCACCGGCGUCGGUGUGGGAGGUCUCACCCUCGGCGGUGGCAUCAGCUUUUAUUCCUCAAGAUACGGCUUCGUCUGCGAUAAUCUGGAGUCCGUGGAGCUGGUCAUGGCCGACGGCAAAGUCGUCAAUGUUUCUCAGACCAACUACCCGGAUCUUUUCCGCGCACUCAAGGGCGGAACGAGCAACUAUGGAAUUGCCACCCAUUUCCGUAUGAAGACCUUUCCAGGCGGUGACUUCUGGGGUGGACAAGUCUUUUACAACAUGUCCACGGCCGACAAACAACUCGAGGCGGUGUCUCGAUUGGCCGACAGUAAGGACUACGAUCCCUACGGGCAGGUGAUUCAGUCCUACGUCUGGACACCGAACAUGACGCUCGUUUCCACCGUCUUUACAUAUACAAAAGUACCAGCUUCGAACUCUGUUCCCGAAUUCCUGGCUGAAAUGGUCAAGAUCCCGAGCUUUGCCAACACCACCCGCGUCGCCCCCUACUCCUCCUUCACCGACGAGCUGGGCAAGGAAUACGUCGCACCCCGAGUGAUCUUCGCCACCAUGACUUUCCGCGCCUCGGAAUCAUUCGCCAAGCAGCUCUACAAGCUCGUGGACGCUUAUGCUGCGAAACUCCUCCCUCCUACGAUCCCUGGUUUCCAGACUGCCAUUACGCUCCAACCUCUCCCGCAAAUCUUGACGUCAAAGGGCACCAAGAAUGGAGGCAAUGUUCUCGGCUUCACGCCGGAAGAUGGAAACGUUGUCAACGCCAUAUUGACGACCUACUGGGAUGAUGCGGCCGACGAUGAUAGGGUGCAGGGUGAGUCUGAGCGACUAAUUGAAGAAGCUCAGAAGAUGGCCAAGGAAGCAAAGGUCAACAUUCGAGCGCUGUACUUGAACUAUGCGGCGAAGUGGCAGGAUCCGAUUGGUGGUUAUGGAGAGGAUGAGGUGCAGUUUUUGAAGGAGAUGAGUACCAAGUAUGAUCCGAAUGGGGUGUUUCAGAAGGGUAUCCCGGGUGGGUACAAGGUCUUUGGGAAGAACGGAUCGGGUUGA